GUUAAUCUCCGUGCCACUGAUGUGAAACUUAUGCGUCAGCUCCUCAUCAUCAAUGAAAGUAUUGAAUCAAUCAAGUGGAUUAUUGAAGAGAAGGCCAUUGCCAGCAGAAGCAGCAGUUUGAGUGGCAGCCUGUGCAGCUUGCUAGAAAGUCAGGAGACAUCCCUUCAUGGCAGCUGUAACAGUUUACAAGACUGUAGUGAUGGACUGGAUGGCAUAUCAGUGGGGAGUUAUUUGGACACAUUAGUGGAUGAUGUCCCUGGUCAUCAAACCCCUUCAGAUAUGGACAAGUUCAGUGAUUCUUCUAUUAUGGAUGACUCACAGCCUCUCCAUAAGCAUCCCAAAAUUGAUUCUGAUGAGUACUACUGUUUUGGUUAA